AUGCCCUGGCUUGCAGUCCCUUUUUCCGAUACAAAGACACGCAAAAAACUGGACAAGACGUUUAGUUUCGAUGGGAUACCUCAUCUCGUGUUUUUGGAUUACAGUGGGAAAUUAUUGUCCGAGGAAGGCGUACGAAUAAUUCAAGAAUACGGUUUGGAAGGGUACCCUUUUAACUCCGAAAAGAUCGAGCAGCCCAAGUUACAAGAAUUUGAAGCUAGGCAGAACCAAUCGCUCAAGUCAUUGCUUGCAUACGGGUCGAGAGACUGUGAUUAA